AUGAACAAUACUUUAUAUGCAAAAGGUUUGUCCAUUGAGCCAAAUAUUGUCCUAAAAGAAACCCCCAAAAAAUUACAGGUCUCAAGCCUUGGAUCUCCCUCCUCACCUUCAGUGUAUGUUCCUGAUUUGCCAUUUGUUUUGUUGCCGUUGUGGGUAAGUGCAAAUUCUUCAAAUGGAGUGAUGAAAUUGUUGCUAGAUUUUAAACCUCCUAUGCAUCCAUAUGUAAUUGAUUCUGGCUAUGAACUCUUAGCCCUUGGCUGCUUGUCUAGAUCUCUGGUGAGAGCAAUGGAUACUCUGCCGUUCGGUCGUUGUUUAUUGGUCAUCAAGUCCUUCUUGUUAACAAAAAACCGUGCAAAGAGUUCUGAUAUUGAGUUGGAGUCAAUGAUGUUUGAGAGUUUUGGCAAUUUUCCUAAUUCAUUUAUGGCUUCACCUUCCAGAAAAGAUGAAUUCCCUGUUAGGGACUGGGUCAUACAGGACUCUGAGUCUUGGGAUCUUAUGAUAGGGAUAGCAUUUCAAGUUCCCCCAUCGAUACCCAAGUCUGAGAUUUUUUGCCAAGAAUCAGAGUUCUCUUUGCAAAUUUCUACUAGAGAGCAAACAAAAUGUGAAGGUGUAUAA